UCCGAGAAAUUUAAGAGAAGCAAAACAAUCUCCUUCUCUCUCCCUCCUUCUCUCUCUCUCUCUCUCUCUCUCUCUCUCUUUGUCCCGAAUUUAGGAGCAACUGCAGACGCAUUGAUUCAGAGACUCGUUAGAUAGCGAGAAUAAGACCGAGAUCUGACCCGUUCGCACUUCUCUAGAUUUCUUUUGUCGACGGAACAAAAGACCAGGUUUGGUCGCUUCAUUUCCUGAGGAUUCUCUCCUCUGUUCCUGAUUUUUUAAUUGGCAGAGUAGCAAACAUGGGUAUGGAAGUCAAUGGAUUUGAGAUGGCACCGCCACCCGCGGAGGCUUUAGCUGAGGCGGACAGGUCUUUGCUGUGUAAGAAUGAGAAUGGGGAAUUGGAAUGUGGAUUUAUCCCUAAUGCGGACAUAAAGUUUGGUUCUCAUGGAGAUGGAUCGACAAUCAGCAAAGCAAAUAAAGUUUCUGAUGCCAACUUCCCCAAUGCUGCUGCUGAUGAAUGGCCGGCACCGAAUAAGAUUCACUCCUUUUAUAUUGCUAAGUGCAGGUCACAUGAUGAUCCUCAGAUAAAAGUUAAAAUUGACCUGGCUGAUAGGGAGAUUCAACAGAUGAAUCAAGCGAGGUUCCAAAUCACUGACAAACUGAGAGCAAAGAGGUCGGAGCGAGCAGACAUAAUCACUCAGCUGAAAGCUUUGGGCGACGAGAACAAGCAGUUUAAUAUGAUUGCUGAGGAAAAGAGGAAAGAGAUGGAACCAUUGCAUGACGCUCUAGGCAAGCUACGAAAUGGGAACAAUGCUGGUCGUGGUAGUGGCAUAUGCUCAUCAGAAGAAGAACUUAACGAGCUUAUCCAGAGCUUGAACUACCGCAUACAGCAUGAGAGCAUCCCAUUGGCAGAAGAGAAGCAACUCCUACGGGAAAUAAAACAGCUUGAGGGCACACGGGAGAAGGUUAUUGCAAAUGCUGCGCUGAGGGCUGAUGUGCAGGGUAAAUAUGGUCAGCGAGAAGAGAUUCAGGGCCAGGUUAAACUUAUGGGAGUUGGCUUGGAUGGAGUGAGGAAGGAUCAGCAGGCAGUUAAGGGAAAAAUUAAGAAUCUCAGGGAAGAAUUGGAGGGUAUAGAGAAUGAUAUAAGAUCUUUGCAAGAUGAGUUGUCACUUACCAUUCAGAAGAGGGACAAAGCAUAUGAAAACAUGCAGGAGCUGAGGAAACGGCGUGAUGAGGCGAAUGCCCCCUUUUACCAAAAUCGUGCGAUUUUGAACGUUGCAAAGGACCUUGCUGCAAAGAAGGAUAUUUGUUCUCUCCAGGAGCUUGCAUUGAAUGAGGUUGAGAAGUUUUUCUCCCUCUGGAACGACAACAAGAGUUUCAGAGACGAUUACCUCAAAAGAGUAUUGCCAUCACUGGAUGCCCGACAGUUGAGCAGAGACGGAAGAAUUAAGAAUCCCAAUGAGAAGCCAUUAGCUGUUGCUGAGGAACUAAUGACUGUAUCCAGAAAAGAGACGAUGACGAAAGCUGAAGUGAAACGGCCAAAAGAAGAUUCAAAACCACCUCCGAAAAACAAUGUCGCUGUUGCCAACAAUAACCAGAAAGAGGCUGUUCAGAAUGUAAGCGACUUUGCCGCCACAUUGGAGCUUAAGGACUUGAAAUCCAAAGAGGACGCUGAGGAUUUUGUUGUGGUAAAACAGGAGCAGGAGGCUCCGAAAGUUACUGAAGUUGACGAAGAGAAGCUGAAGGAGAUAAAGAGGCAGGAGCAAAUCGAAAGGCAGAAGCAGGCUCUAGAAAGGAAGAAAAAGCUGGCAGAGAAAAAUGCAGUGAAAGCGGCAAUUAAAGCUCAAAAGGAGGCUGAGAAGAAACUCAAGGAUCGUGAAAAGAAGGAAAAGAAGAAAGUGAUGGAAUGGAAUCCCGAUGCAGAGGAACUGACUGAGGAGGCCACCGAAGCGGAGAACGUUGGGAAAGCUCCUGAGGCUCCGGCCCCUGCGAAAGAGAAGGUUCAAAAGAAAAGUAUCUACAGAGUGAAAACUCGAACGAAAGGAGUUGAAUCAGUUCCAAAGGCCAUCCUGAGGCGGAGGAGGUCACAGGCUUACUGGAUGUGGGCCGUCUCCGCGGCUGUUUUGGGAGCUCUGGUGGCCCUAGCAUAUGCAUAUUACUCUCUUCCCUGAGAAAGAAGAGGAUGUAGAGUACCGCGGGACGAUGAGGCCUAGCAAACGGGUAGUUUUGCCUGUAGAAGCUUUGACUUUGCGGUAACUUAGUUCUUUUCAGUCCCAACAAGGAAUGGGGCUUGAAACUCUAUACUUUUAGAAACUCAGUUUGGGAUAGGACCUCAUAUAGAAAGCGGGCAGAGGAUUUGCGGGUUAUAGUUGCUUGAAUUUUUUACUGGUCGGAUGUUUUGAAAUUUCGUCUUAAUGCAGUGCUCUUGCUCUCA